AUGGUGGCCGAUAACACGGAGAACUUUGUAGAGGUGCGAUGCCACAAACUACUGAUAUGCGACCCGCGGGACACAAUGAUUUUGGAGCUUGCUUCACUCCGAACCGCUGUGGCUUUACAAGUCCUGGAGCGUGUCUCGCAUCAGGAGCGUCUAAACCUCGAUGAUGCAAUGCUGAACAGCUUUGCAGAGGCAUGGUGCUUCUUUGACGACCUCUUUGCCUUGUGCGAGGGAGAAGAGGAUCUUUCCGACAGAUUCUCUGGGCGGCCAGCGCGCCAAGUUGUUGUCCAAGAUUCGGUGCGUGUGAAGGCUGAGAAUGCCGACACGCAGUCCGUCAGCCGUGGCGGAGCCUGUGGCAAUGCAGUUGCGGGCGGUCCGGCUUUUGAGCGUGCUGGUACCACGUGGCUCGAGGACAACGUAGAAUUGGUGCGCUCGGCACUGGCACCCUUCGAAGAUCAGCUUCACCACUUGCUGGAGGUAGUGUGCGAGGGCAUCGAGGGCGGAGGCCAAACCCUGGGUGAGGUGCUCGAGACUCGCGGCAACCUGUGCCAUGCACUUCGGUGCCUGCUUGCCAACAUGCAAGUCUGGGGUGCAACCGGGAAUCCGCGCGCUGAAGGGUGUGACUUCGCCUUCUUAUCGCUUGGCCAGGAGAUUCCUUCUGGCUUAAUCGAGAUCGACAGCUUCCUCUCCAAGGACGAGGUAAGUGCUCGUCAGCUUGGUCAGACCCGUCUGGCAGAGAUGAUGAGCACCCUCCAUCCGGACAGCCUUGCGCAGUUCCAUAGACAUCUGGCUCGUGCACGAGUGACUGUAGUCUGGCGCGAAUUCCGACGCCGGCAGAGCGUUUUGCAGGGUGCACUCGGCAACUUGCGCGUCCAGGGCAAUGAUGCUCAACAAGAGCAGCUGGACCGACUGGUGCGGACGAUCAUUCUGAACUUGGAUGAAAUCGGCAGCUUCGUGUCCACUCUCGCGGCAUUCUUUAAGAGUGUUGACUUGGCAGAGGUCAGUGAGAACCCGGUCCAAGGCGAGCCGCGACCUGUCAUCGACAGGUCGAUGGCAGGGUAUGUGAUGCAUGUCGAUUGCGGUCACAACGGGCCGCUGGACGAGGUCGACCUGCGUCAGCUCUCGCUGCACUUGCGCGUGUCUAAAUUUGGCAGGGAGGAAGUUUGA